AUGGCUUCCGCCGCCAACUGUGCGCGGUGCCUCACCAGGCCCACGACGAUCGCAGCAGCAGCGCCUCGGGUCCUCUCGCAGCGAAUCGUGCCUAUCAUCACGUCGUACUCCUCGGCUACCGGAAUCGCGCCGUUCUCGACCUCGUCUGCAGACUCCGCCGCCGCCCGUCGGGUGACGUAUAUCGGAAAGCACAUUCGUCGCGGCAAGAUCAACCAGAACGCGCGCAAGAAGCGGGACACUGCCAGGGUCAAGAAGCCGGCUCCCGGAGAGAGAAAGGCCUUUCGCAAACGCAUCACGCUGAGCAACAACAAUGCUCUGGCCGUCGAGGGCCUCCAGGAUGUCGGCAGAGAGACGCUGGCCGUGGCGGAGAACAAGGGCUCUGUGGUCGCCUUGCCGGAUCAGCUGGUCGACCAGCUCCGGACGCUCGAAGCGUUCAAGACGACCCAGAACUGGGGUCUAUUCCGCAGGCCGCACAUGCUCGUUCGGGGGGAGACGGUGAAGCUCGCAAAGAGGCUGGACGGCGCCGUUAAGGAGAGGCAGACGCUGAGGAUGGUGUUGACGGCCCAAGAUCUCACCAACUCCAACACGGACUACAGUCCGGUCCCUAACACCAAGCCCCUUCAGUUCUACCAGCCGACCUACUGCUUCAGUCUCCUCCAGCAGAUCGUCAAGGCCAAUGGCCCCAUCUUGAAGCAGCACAAGAUCUCCAAGGAGUACCCCGAGCUUCUCCACGUCCCCAAGGACGGCACCUUGCUCGACAUUGCUACGGCCGCAAAGGAGCCUGAGUUCGCCUGGCCCGCCUUCCAGGCCCUUUGGCACGAGCUUACCACGGCCCCCGACGGUCCGCCCGUCUUUCUCGGACUCGAUGGCCUCUCCCACAUCAUGAAGAUUUCGGCCUAUCGCGACCCGUCCUUCAACCUCGUGCACUCGCACGACCUCACACUCGUCCGGCUGUUUGUCGACGCCCUUUCUGGCAAGACUCCGCUCGCCAACGGCGGUGCCGUCAUCGCUGCCACGAGCCGCAGCAAUGCGCCCCGCUCCCCGUCCAUGGAGCUCGCCCUGGCCCAGUCUGCCGCCGCCGCCGCCGACCUGCACGUCCCCACUCCGGACCCCUACAACAAGGGUUACGACGACCGCGUCUACGAGGCCGUCCGCGGCGUUGAGACCUUCAACGUGAGCGGUAUCAAUCGCGAGGAGGCACGCGCCGUGAUGGAGUACUGGGCCGCCAGCGGCCUCAUGCGCGCGCGCAUCGAUGAGACCACCGUCGCGGAGAAGUGGACAAUCUCUGGUGGUGGUGUUCUCGGCGAGCUGGAGCGGGCGAGCUUGCUCAACUCGCGUAUGCUACAGUACUGA